GUAGAGCCGUAAAGGUGUCCAAGUCCCGUGAGAGAGAGAGAGAGAGAGAGGGUAAAACAAUGACGGAUCUGCGUAGUUCGAACAGGUUGAUGGCUAGUUCUUCAUCUGUGAAAGACAGAGAGAGUGAGGGAAUAAAACGACGUCGGGUAUGCAUAGUUCGAAGAAAUUGAGCGCUAGUUCUUCAUCUUUGAAAGAGAGAAAGGGUAAAACGAUGGCGGAGUUCGAAGGGAUUGAGGACUAGUUCUUCAUCCAACUCUGAAAAAUCGCGUAUGGAUAAACCCAAUGAGUUACGUCAGUACACACUUAAAGAAUGUCAGGAUAUCGUAAGGCCAUAUGCAACCGAGGCCAUUAGUUUUUAUAACGAUAGAAACGCAGGUGCAAAAUAUGAGCUGGUGGAGCCUGGUAACCAUACACCUGUGCUUCUUGCGACAUGCUUUCUUCACCAUGUCGACUUCACGGCUAAGAAGACUGAUGUUCCUGAUGCUCCAGAGGAGAUGUUUUUUGUUGAACUGACGACUACCGACAAUGUUCGUCAUGUCACGUUUUGCAAAUGUAUGGGGCCAAAGAACUUAAUUACAGGAGAUAAAAACAAUGGCUGUUGUUAUUGCAAGUCUUACAAUGUCCAUCAUCCUACGGGUGGAGGAUUCAUGGCUGGCCGUCACGGAUUAUUCCCGGAUGAGGAAAACUAUAAUCUCAUUGAUAGACAGGAGAUUUUGUGAUUGAUCGACAGACAUGAACAUAAAAUGUCAGUUGUGUAUAUUGAAACUUAAUUUAGAGUGGGUAUUUUGUUUGACGUAGUUGCCUUUUGACAUUUGUGCCUCCAAAUGAAAAUCUUGCUUCUGUGUUAGUACUUGUUGUGUAGUGGGACAUAUUUAAAAGUUUGUGAGCAACUUAAGGAUGG